UUCUCGUGUAACGAACGUGCGGUCAGUUACGCAAAACUACGCGACUAUAUUAAGUAACACGCGUUUUUGUAUACUGUUUUUUUUUUAUUCUCCUUUGGAAAUAUUAAUACAGGUAUUUGUGUGUUGUGAAGUGAUAAAAAGGGGCGUUUAUUUUCUAAUUUGGAUCUUUAAUUGAUGCACCGGUGCGCAGGCGCGGCUCGGUCGCGCGAUGGCGGGCCACCAGCUCCGUCUAUUGCUUUGGAAGGACUACCUUAUUAGACGACGGAAAUGGGUUACAUUGGCGGGCGUGGUGUGGGCCGUGGCGGUGGUCUUCAGCUUGUAUAUAGUACGCAUAAAUGUGGACAAUCAAGAUUUUCCCACUUGCCAGUUCGCUGCGCGUGCGCUGCCCAGCGCAGGCCUAUUGACAUUCCUGCAGUCCUUCGUGUGCAGCGUCAACAAUGAGUGCUUACCAAUGGACAAGUACCAAGAGAUACCCACGUAUGAGGAUUCCAAAUUGACCCAACUGCAACGUCAGUUUUCCCCGCUGAUAUACAACGAGACAGUCCUGGACGUGGCGGCUUCCGUCCCUAAUGCCCUCAAGCUGUUGUCCACGCUCGCUGACAUUGCUGACCAGCCCACCUUCGUUGAUAUAAGUAAAAACGGUCUGAAAUUCCAAGACCUAUUCAGAAGCCCAAGUAGACUGAAGCGGUACUUGGUAUCCAACAUGGGAGUUGGAGAAGACGUGGCUCAAAGUGUUAUGGAUGCAGAACUAAACUUCCAAGGUAUCUUCAAACGAGACACAGAUAAGUGCAAUGCAGAAGCUGUAUCAAGGAUUUUGCGAAUAAGUAGCGAUGAACACGCAGUGAUCUUUGCAGAAAGACUGUGUUCGUUAUCAAAAAGUGAUAUUGUACAAUCUAUUAUGAAUUUACUGCGUGAGAUAGAUUUCCGCAAGUACAGCGAAAUGAUCGGCGACAUGUACUAUAAACUAUCAGGGGAUAGAAGACUCUUAGAAUUGGGAGACAUGGUCUCUGCUGUACUACAUAUGCUCAGUUCCGAGAGCUUCCUGCCUUCAGAGCUGGUGAAUAUCUUCACCGAUGGGGACGUGGACUUCAACUACUUUAAUGUCACUGUGUUACAAAGAUUAAUGGAUAUAUACGAACCAACGUUUGGCGAUACAGAUAUAUAUAAAACUCUCAGAGAUGUCACUGAUGCUUUUGUGAUGGGUGUUCAGUAUUUAAACAAAUUAAUUAAUGAUUCCAAAGUAAACACCGAUGAUGCAGUAAUAAAUCAUGCAGAAGUGACUAAAUCUGAUGGCGAGGUUAAUUUACCUUUGUCAUCGUCGAAAAUAUUCAAUAACGCAAUGAAGAUUUUUGAGGAAUCAAUAGAUAAUGAAUCGCCCUCAGUUAGUAUUUUUAAUAUAAUAGCUCAGUUAACAAAAAUCGUUUACAAAUUUCUACCAGAAGAAAUGAAACACGAUUUCUCAUUUUACUCCACACUAUUAGCUAAAUUAAUGGAAGGAGCUAUCCAAGUUAUAGAAGUCAACACCCACAUACAGGAAAUGGCCUAUAAUGUAUCCUUGAGGAACCCCGGAGGGGUUAAAAUAUUAGUAGGAUUACCAGCAUCUGUUAUAGGAAAAGGGUUUGAAGCAUUAACUGAUGCUGAAAGAACACAGAUACUUACAGCAAAGGUUAACUUCCCGGGACAAAUGUUCUGUGACAGCAAUAGGAUAGCGGGAUUUUUUAAGGUCUCCAAAGAAGAAGCAGACUCGCUGAAAGGUCAACUUUGUACGAAUCCUUGGAAAAAUUACGUUACCGACUUGAUACGAUCCUUUAGUAUCUACGAUGUUAAAAAUAAUAUAAAUUCAAUGGCAUCUAUAGUCAUACAAGAGACUAUAGGCAAAAAUGUAAAUGAACUAUUAUAUAGCACAGACAAAGUAUUUGAUGUACUCAAAAACUUUACUGAAACAUUAACUAAAAUAAAUACAGAUGUGGAAAAAACUAAUUUAAAUUGGAAUAAGUUAUUUAAUGUCUCAGAAGAUUCGGAUUUCAUGAAAAUUGUACGAGAGAAAGGACAUUUGGGGAAACAGAUGUUGAUCACGGUGCAUGGUGCAUUAGCGAAAGAAGUGGUAAAACAAAAUCCUCUACUAGAGUACAAAAUAUCUCCAACACUAAUAGAUAUCACCACGAUGGUAACAGCCAUAAAUGAACAGCUUGGUACUCCUUCAGUACAAUUAGUUAAAAGAUUGAAAGAAAUAUAUCCAGAUAUAAUACAGACAAUGUUGAAAACUAUGCUUGAUGAAGAUAAGACGUACAAGACUCUGUCGACACCUAGCGAGGAUAUAGUUUGUAAUGGGAUCGAAAAUGCAUCAAGCUACCUCGAAUUUCCUGAAAAUGUAGAUCAGGAAGCACUACUCAGCGUUCUAUGCGAUACAGCUGUCGAAAUCGAGAGAGGGUUACAACGUGAUUCUUUAGUAGCCAAAGCUCUAAACACGGUUAAAAAUUCAUCACACUUUUUUGACAAUGUAGACUGGACUAAACUUAUUAAUAAUAUAAAAGGUCUUUAUCUAAAGUUAGAUGAAGAAUAUCCGUACUUGUUCAAGUACAAGAGUUACGGAAUGGACAAUGACACACAAAAUCUAGUUGAAAAGAUGUUGAAUGAAGCUAAGAAAUUUUGGUUUAGUAUAUCCAACUUGGAGAGAAGCGUUCAUUUGAGUGUCAAACUCCUCUUCCGUCUCUUAGAUUUAGUGGAUCGGGAGAUCUUCGAUAUCACAGAUCAGGCUUGGCUAAAGACUAAACAAAUAUUUGCCUCCGCUACCAAAUCUUUAGAAAUUUUUAACGACGUUAUCGUGGAUGUCACUGGUCUUUGGAAGAAUGCCAACAUCUCGGCCAAGUUACCACCCACUACCUCAUUAGCUCUGAGCACGAUAUUGCCAAACAUACCUCACCUUAUGGUAGAUUUUACCAACGUCAUAGUCAAUGGGAAUACUGAUAUUGCACCAAUAAUAUCUCUAAUGAACGCCGACCCUCCAUGGCCAUGUUCCGUUAACAGUAUCUCAGAAUAUAUCCUUUUGAGUACUAACUCGAGCCAAGCUGUGAAGGGUAUGGAAACUCUUUUGUGUAUGGACAAGGAGCUACAGCAAGAAUGGCUUGAAUACUUGGACAAGCAUUUAUUGAACGAAUCCACACCACAUCUUUUCCUAAAGUUCUCCUCAGUAUUAGAAUCCCUAAUAGAAGAUACAAUUAGUAUUAGGGAUACAAUAAAUGAUAUAUUAAACAACACUAAUGCAGAUGGAGGAUACUUGAGUAUAAUCGGCGCUUGGAGAUAUGCUGCAGAUGUCUUCAAUGCUACAGACAAGAAUAUCACUUUGAGGGAAUUCUUCUCAAAAGUGGAUACAGUAUUAAGCUCUAUCAAUACAUCAGCGCCUAAAGAAUCAAUCAAUAUUAUUUGGGAGCAGUAUUCCAAAUGUAUCAAUGGGUCAAUAAUAGAAGGAGAGUGUAAAAGUCUUGGCAGGGCAGCAUGGAAAUAUACGUUUGAGUUUCUUUCUGUAAUGCUUGAAAACUUGGCUGCAGAUCUGACAACUUACUUCAGUGAGGUCAACGAACCAAACUCAAAUAUACUGCAACUUCUUGGGUUUACAAAGAACACAGGACUAUAUUUACUCUACGACAAGUUUCCAGAAUUCGUUGGUACACUUAUCAAUUCAUAUUGGGACUACGGUUUUAUGAGCCAGAUCCGUCGAGCUACUACCACAGAGUUUUGGGAUUGUGAUGCAGUAGUUGACGCUUUACUACCCCUACCUGGUAGUGGAAUCAACUCUACCGUAAUACACAAAGUCCGGCCUUUCAUUUGUCCUUCAAUACUACACUGGAUCUCUUUACCAAGGGGUGAUAACACUCUUCUCGAUUUAGUUUCUAAACCCCAAUACUUUUUUUAUACAUUGCCAGUAGAAAACUUAACAAGCACCUAUGAAGAGGCAUUCAGCAAUGCAAUUAAACUAUCAAAUUUACUCACUGAAAUUGCUGAAAAGAAUGAAACUUUGAUAAUGGAAGAGGGCAUGAAACUGAAUAGCGUAGAAGUAAAAUUAAAAGAUACAGUUGACACAAUACUAACAUAUAUGAUAAACAAAACUGACACGACAUACAGAUUAUUCAAUGAAAUCAAUAUGAAACAAUUUUACGGAAUAAUUUAUUUAACAAGGGUCGUUGCUGCAAUAGAUAAAAUAUCAAAAGAAUUAGACAAUUUAAAUAUAACUGAAUUUAAAGAUAAAUAUUCUGAAGAAGAAUUUAAAAAGCUAACAACUGAAUUGUCUGUUAUUCAAAAGAUUUUUAAGAGAAGACCCACAGAGAUUAUUGCUUUACAUUUUGAUCUCGUAACUGAUAUUGUAUGGAAGAAUGAUAACAAUUACAAAUUAACAAAUGCAAUUGAUAUAAAGUGUACUGAUUUAAAAAACAAUGACACUAGUAAAGAUAUUUUGAAUGACGAUCAAAGAACGAAAUUACAAAUUUGCAAUAAAAAUUAUCAAGUAAUAUAUGGAGCAGUUGAAAAUGUUAUGACAGAGUUGUAUGAAGAUAUUAGAAACAGCUUAUUGAAUCUUGUUAAUACACUACAAAAAGAUGAUGCAGAAGAAAUAAUUGACAUAUUCCAGUUCCUUAAAGACAGGAAACAACUCAUGAAAUCUUUAAAGUACUCCAUCAAAUACGCGUAUGACCUGGGAUUGCCUAUUUACUUAAAGUAUCUGCAAAAUAAUCUUCAGAAUUACAACAUUGUACUAAGUUUUCUAUCGGGAGAAGAUUGGUGGACAGAACUGAGAUCUUUAUAUAACGGACCUUAUGCUAGUGUUUUCUUUGAUAUCAUUGAAAAAUCUUUAGACAUAGCCGAAGACAUUAUGAGUAAACCAGACAAAAUACAUCUAGUUCGAUUACUUCGAGACAUCAACAUGAACAGCACUGAAGCGUUAUGCCAAUCGAACAUCACAAUUUCUGAUUACCUACCAGACAGUACCGGCGCUAUAUCCACUCUUAAGCAGCAAGUAUGCACUGCAGACCAGAGUGACAUAUUCAAGGAAAUACCGCCAUUAGUUUUUGCAUCACAAGGCUACAACGAUGCCUUGAAGUUAUCAAAAGAUGUCGACUACACAGCACUCAACUCUGAUAUAUUUAUGACUGAAUCGAAACUAAGACUUCUCAUGGAUGGCCCAAAGACACCCCUGAGGCCUAAAUGGAUUAACGAGGAAAGCCUGUCCAGUUUGAGGAAGGUAGCCCUAGGGUUGCUAUCAAAACAGGCUAUAACUAAGGCGUCGUUUGGUAUACUUAGCAAUGUUAUUGAUGCAGGGACAUUGUUUUUAAAUAGCAGCCACUGCGUAUUAUGCUCAGAGUUCACGACCUGGUUCAAACAAAUCAAUCUGCAGUUGUAAAAACAAGAAUAUGACAACCUGCUCUGUCAUAUGCACAGCAUGAGCUUAGAAGAUAUUUACCAUGCACUAAAGAACGACUUCCAUUGGGAUAUGGCUUUUAAAGAGCUCAUCUCAUCUCGUAACUAUACCAAGUACGAAAUGAACAAAGCAAUAACGGAACUGUUUGAGCAAGUGAAACUGCACCUUCUAGAAGACAUCAGCUCGAAUAGCACCAAACUGGCGCAGUGUCUGACGAGCAACGUGACCAGCAACGAACUGGGGAAUGCCACAUUAUUUGCAACCGUCCUCUCUCACACAGCGAGGCUGAUUAGAUCCCAACUACCUCACCUUCAAGAAGUGAAUGGAAUAAAAGAAGUUUCUUUCUUAAAAAGUCUGCACUCAGAAGUGGCACAUAGACUAGAUGUACGAGCACCAUUAAAGACUUAUCUGAUAGAGAAAAGUACAUUGUCUGAGGAAUUGAGAAUUAUUAUAAAUGCUGAAACUGUUAGAAAUAUUGAAGAUGCAGAAGUUAAUCUGCGAAUGAUCAAAGCAAAUGCGCUCAAACCAUUACGGAAAUCUAUAUUUCUGAAAAAUCGCAGUUGGGACGAUGUUUGUCAAUCAUACAAUUGUAAAAAGAUUGCUUUGUUAAUUGACAAAAAUAUCAAUAGGACUUUAGUUGAUAAAGAAUUACCAGCCCUACAAUCUCAAGAGUUUUGGCGUUUAACAUUCAUAUCCAAUAUUAUUCAACGUGCAGAAGAAUUGAUAAGCCAUAUCGGUAGACUUUUGGGACUGGCCAGCAAGAUAGAUAUAUCAGGGGUACUUCUAGGUCGAUUGGCAGCGGUUCUGGACCUGAUGAUGCAAGUACUAAUGGAUGAUACCCUCGCCAGUAUUGUGUACAGCAUACAAGGUAUCCUUAAGGAGAUGAGUCCACUACUGCAAGGAACUGAUCUGGAACACGACUUACGUUCAAUUACCCGUGGUCUAACUAUUUUACAGCAGCUCAAAUCAUAUUUAGUUGAAAAACAGGAUCUAAGAGUGGAUAUGGAGAAAGUAUUUUUAAACGCUGACAGCGUGGAGUCUUCAUUCGGCAACCUGGGCAUCAACAACACCAACUUCUGGUCGGUCGCCGCACCGCGCAUACACUCUGGAUAUAUACAUCUCAAGCCAGUACUUACAUCAAAACAAGGCGACUACCACAUAGCAAACUUCGUAUGCCAAGCCGACCAGAUGUCAACAGUUGUAUUCCCAGGGGAUCUGGGCGUGGUCACAGCUGAGGACGUUUACGGCGCUGUCGUCGAGCAGUUCUGUACCAUCACUGAUGAACAGGCGAAGCAGAUUAUCCCAAUACUAUUGGACAACUUGAACUACAGUUAUGUGUUUGAGAAGGUAUCAAACACGGUCCUGUCCCUGCUUUAUACAGCGUCAAACUUAUCACAAUCAGAGGGUGCCACAGUUCUGGACAAUUUGCCACAGAUGGCAGCACUGCUGCCGACAAUACAGAGCAGUGUGGGCGAACUAAGCGAUACAUUAAUCAGUGAGCCACUAUUCCAAAGUCUGAAGGAUUUUGAUUCAGUCGGCGGACUUUUAUCUUCGUCCCAGUUCCUAUCGAGCGCUGGCAACAUGCUGUGUGGCAAACCGUUCCAAACGGACCUGAGCCGGUUCUACAAGGUCAUAACGCAGACGGAGGACAUGUCCAGACAACCUGAUCAGGCACACCUCGACGCGUUGCCCACGGACUUCUGUCGUUCCCUAUACAAAGACGUGCUCAACAUCGACGGCGGUAAGAUUGUGUGGAGCUUCGUGAAGCCUCUUAUUAUGGGGAAGAUAUUGUACACACCAAAUACUCCAACUGUACAGAGGAUCAUUGAAAAGGCAAACGCCACUUUUUCCCACAUGAUCAAACUAACUGGUCUAGUGCACUCGUUCGCACGAGCCUUCUCCUCUAUUGACAAACUAUCCGACCACCGCGAGGGUUUGACUGUGAUGAAGAGGCUCCUUAGCUCCUCAGCCUUCCAGGAAAUAAGAGUAACACUGAUGGGUGACUACCAGCUACCGGAUUUUGAUGUCAAUGGAUUAUUUGAUGAAUUUGGAGAUUUAAAGGAUGUGGGCAGGCUACUGACGAAAGCCUCCAAUGUGUUGCGAUGCAUCAACCUGGACAGGUUUACAGCGGCGCGCGAUGAACAUGACCUGACGCACCGUGCCGCACAACUCAGUCUCGUCAACGAAUUCUCAGCAGGUCUGGUAUUCAUAAACAGUGAAGAACAAGGCGAUACUCCAACUAAUAUAGAAUACAAGAUCAGGAUGGACAUCGAAAACGCACCCACUACGAAAAGACUAAAAAAUUACAUGUGGAUCCCGGGCCCCGAGUCGAGCUUUAUCGAGAACAUGCGCUACUUCCGAGGGUUCGUUCAGAUACAGGACAUCAUUGACAAAGCCAUCAUUGACCUCGCCCACAAGAGGCACAAGAGGGACCUAGCCGAGGAGCCAAAGUGGGCAGUGUAUACACAGCAGACGCCGUAUCCGUGUUAUAGAAAAGAUUUCUUCCAGACGUCUCUCUACGAGUCGCAAUCAUUGCUGGUAGCGUUUUUCUUCUCGCUGCUGUUCACUGUCGCAUCUGCAGUGAGAUUUAUAGUCGUCGAUAAAGAAUCUGGUAACACUAUGUUGAUGUCGGUGAUGGGAGUGAACCUGCUCUACCACUCGCUGUCCUGGUUCAUCGCUUCGUUCACCGAGAUAGUAGUGACUUGCGCGGGCAUGGCAGCAGUGUUGUGGCUGGGCGGCGUACUGCCUAACACGCCGCCUCUACUGAUAUUCACACUGCUCAUUAUAUUCGGCUUCUCCGUGCUGUGCUUUUGUUACCUGAUGUCGAAGCUGUACACGUCGGCGAGUUUCGCAGCGGUGAGCACAGCGAUCGCGUACCUCAUGACGUUCAUGCCAAUCGUGAUGGUACUCUCGCUCGAGUCCGUUCUCUCCACUACUUACAAGAUCCUGAUUUGCCUGUCGAUGUCAUCUGCUGUAUCGUACGCAUUUAUCUACAUAGCCCGUUACGAAGCAAUGGGCAUGGGUGCAAAGUGGUCUGAUCUAUGGAGCUCUCCAGUCGAAGAAGGGUUGGAUAUGAGUAUAGGAACAGCGGCCGCCAUGAUGCUCGUUGAUUCUAUUAUAUAUUUAAUGUUAGGAUGGUUAAUAGACAGAUAUUUUGGUCCAAAAACUCUCCGAAGCAAUAUAACAAACUGUGUAACUUCUGGUGAGAAAGCCGGCGUCAGUAUUGUGAACAUUACCAAAAUCUAUGGAGAGAAGUCUCGAAGACCCAAGGUAGCGUUAGACAACGUCUCCAUAGAACUGCAGAAAGGACAAAUCACAACGUUACUGGGACAUAAUGGAGCGGGAAAGACAACUCUUACCAAAAUCCUAAUGGGUAUGUUGAAGCCCACCAAAGGACACAUCAUCAUCAGAUCGGAACAUGAAUCCGGAACUACACUUGGGGUGUGCCCCCAAAACGACGUACUAUUCGAGUACAUGAGCGCGAGGGAACACAUAGCGUUAUAUGCCCAGCUGAAGAGUGGGCUGCCCUUGGACCAGGUUCGAGAUGAGGUGGAAAAGCUGCUGGAGGUGCUGUCGCUGGGCGCGGCGGGCGAGGAGGCGGCGCGGCGGCUAUCGGGCGGCACGCGGCGGCGGCUGUGCGUCGCGCUGGCCUUCGUGGCGGCGCCGCGCCUCGUGUCGCUCGACGAGCCUACCGCGGGCGUCGACCCCGCCGCCAGGAGAGACAUCUGGUCAAUGAUCGAGAAGUUGAAGGAAGACAGGACGAUUCUAAUGACCACCCACCACUUAGACGAGGCAGAACUUCUUAGCGAUCAAGUCGUCAUCAUGCAUAAGGGUCAAGUCCACACAACUGGCUCACCAAUUGAAAUCAAGCGCACCCUCGGCACUGGCUAUAAAUUGAUCGUCACCUAUCCGAGCCAAACUAGCUGGUCAGACACUCAGGAGUGGAUGGACGACGAAUACGACUUCGAAGAAAAGACUAAAGAACUCCUAUCUACAGUCAAGGAGGUGGUGACGAACGCGAGCCUGGUCGACGUGAGCGGUACUGAAGUGGAGAUUACCCUGCCAUUCUAUGAUCCUCAUGGGCUUAACACCAACUACCUGCAGCUUUGCACAGUAUUAGAGAACAAACAGACAGCCCUCGGCUAUACAGAGUACAGCAUGGAAUGCAGCACUCUGGAACAAGUGUUCUUCAAUAUAUGUCAGCAAGCAGACGCGCCGCACCAGGGAAUUGAAUAUGAAUCAGUACCAGAAGAUACUCCAUCGAAGAGUGCAUCAAGUUCCAGUAUCAGAAACGAGUCAGCUCCGCUCGUAGACAGCGAGGGUCCACUGAAGGGCACCGCCAGCCAGCAAUUCCUGGCACUGAUGCAUGCCCGAUACUUACAUUACUCCAGGAACUGGUGGCUGCUGUUCCUGCUGGUGGUACUGCCGUCCCUGUUCAUGAGCAUAGCGAUGGCCUUCUCCACCAUUCGACCGCCCGCCGACAACGAGGUUGCGCUUCAACUGCGACCGGCGUUGUACGAUAACACCACGGAAUUCCUGAUACUCAAACCAUCUGUACACUCGGACAGCGUCGACCCAAUAUUUGCUACUCGAGUUAUGGAAGCACUUGCUCUCUACAAAAACACUAGAAAUUGGACACAACAGGAUUCCCCUACGUGCAAAUGUACGGAGACAAGGCAAGAGUGCGACCGCAGUAACAGCACUUACCAAGCUCGGCCCGGAAUGAUGCUGUUGCCAGACGUGGACACUCUCAACCACUGGCUCGUGACGUCACAAGAGGCAUACAUCGAAAAAAGGUACGGUGGCUACUCAUCCGCCCUCCUAAACAACAUCUCGGCUCUAGUGGUGUGGUACAACAACAAGGGUCACCACGCCCUGCCGUCGUACCUGAACGCGCUCAACACGGCGCUGCUGCGGACGGUGGCCGGCGACGCUGCCACAAUCACCACCUACUCGCACCCGCUCAAGAUAUCUAAGGAGCAGAUCAGCAAGGACACUGUAUAUCAGCACGUAGCUGAUGCUGGUAUAUCAGCGCUGCUACUGGUGGCGUACAGCCUGGUGAGCGCGGGCGCCGCGGUGUACCUGGUGGGCGCGCGGGCCUCUCAGGAGAAGCGCCUGCAGCUACUGGCGGGCGUCAGUCCCGCCCUCUACUGGGCGGCCGCACUCGCCUGGGAUAUGCUGAUAAUUGUAAUCAACAUGCUGGUGUCCGUGGUUCUGAUGGAGGCAUUCCACUUCCCAGUGUUCGUGGCUCGCGACAACCUGCCGGCCAUUUGUAUACUCCUUUUAUUAUAUGGGUACGCGUGCAGCUCGCUGGUGCACGUGGCCGAGAAGCUGUUCAACGAGCCGAGCAUCGCCAACAUGGUAUUGUUCUGCGGGAACACCUUCAUGGGACUCAUCGGCAUCGCCAUACUGCUCAUCAUGGACAUCAUCUCCGAGUCGGAGGAAACAGACAACGCCCGCUGGGUACUCCACAAGAUAUUCAUGUUGUCACCGCAGUUUGCGCUCGGAGACGGUCUACUCGAGAUCGCCAAGAACACUAUACAGGCGCAGGUCUUAGACCGUUUCGGUAUGGACACGUACCGAUCGCCAUUCGGCACCGACCUUGUCGCAUAUCACUACACCUAUCUCGUGGUCGUCGGCACCGCACUCCUCUUGUUUAAUCUAGCCAUCGAGUAUGACUAUGUCGAUCGCUUAUUUGAACUCCUCAGAUGUAAACCAGACGUACGACCGGAAGGCCCGUGCAACGAGUUAGAGCCGGUGGAAGUUUGCGAGGAGCGCAGGCGAGUACAGGCGGCUACUCUCGCCUCGCCGCCGCUGCUACGCCUCAGGACCAUCGGCAAUAUCAACGCUGGUUUCGUCGAUUCAGAAGAGAGUCCAAAAAAGAAGUCUACCAAACGUAUAUCAACAGCAAGCGACGUGGCAGCCUGUCUGGACCUCACCAAGUCGUAUCCAACACUCACAGGCACCAAGGUUGCGGUUGACAGACUUACGUUCGGAAUACCACCCGGCCAGUGCACAGCGCUGCUGGGGCAGAAUGGUGCGGGCAAGUCGACAACGUUCUCGAUGCUGACUGGACAGCUGAUGCCAAGCGCUGGACAGAUCUACCUUGCGAACCACCCAGCCAGCAGGCGUGACCUCUGCCAGGGGCACAUAAGUUACUGUCCCCAGAGUGAUGCAAUUGACCCCCUGUUAACAGUGGAAGAAACGCUAGCAUUCUACUGUAAAUUGCGCGGCAUUAGUGAAACGGACGAGGUGAGUCGCCGCGCACUACAGCUGUUCGAGCUGGGGCAGUACGCCGGCGUGCGCACGGGCGCGCUCAGCGGCGGCAACCGGCGCAAGCUCUGCACCGCGCUGGCACUCGCCGCGCGCGCUUCCCUCGUGCUGCUAGACGAGCCCACCAGCGGCAUGGAUCCAGUGUCGCGCGCGUGCGUGUGGCGCGGCGUGUGCGCUGCGCGUGCUGGCGGCGCGCGCGGCGUGCUGCUGAGCACGCACGCGCUGCGCGACGCGCGGCGGCUGGCGGCGCGCGUCGCGCUGCUGCGCGCCGGCCGCCUCGUCGCGCUCGCAGACCUGCGGCACUGUCUGCACAAGUUCGGUGGCGGGUACGUGGUGGAGUGCGCGUGCAGGGCCGCGCGCGCGGUGUGGCGCGGCGUGCGCGCGCGCGUCCCGCACGCUGCCCUGCGCGCGCUGCACCGCACCGCGCUGCACUUCCUCGUGCCCACACAUGCUACUGUCAAUAAAAAAGAAGUGGUAACGCAUCUGAGUGAUAUUUUCCGACUAAUGGCGGAGUUGCAAGGCACCUUCGAUAUAGAAGACUACACAAUCAACCAGAGCUCUUUAGACCAGAUGUUCUUCAGCUUCACAGACAAGGCCGAUAUAGACAUGGAGACGGUAGAUUUGGAGCCGCUGCCCACCCCGCAGGCGCUGCGACAAAACUUUGACGACUUGGAAACAGUGACCUCGCUUUGACACUAAUAUUUAUCAUUAUGACAUAAGCUGUUAAUUUACUACCAUUAAGAUAAAUAAUUAUGAAAUAACACUAACAAAUAUUGUGUGCUAUUCAUAGUCUACGCACAAUAUUUGUUAAGAUCAAUGCAAAAUGAUAAUCCUCGGGUCACAUUUUUCUCCGUCAAAAUACAACAUACUUGUUCAAAAACAAGAGCGAUUUUUCAAGGGCAAAUCCUUUUGUAUGGUGUAGAAAAACUUCGUCUUAAAUAUAUUAUAAAAGACAUGGGCUGUGACAAUUAAGAAUAUAAAAAAUCGUGAAAUUAUAUCAAUUUUAAAGUGUCAUUCUUUAAACUUUAAAAUUAAAACUUUUAGUGAAAAUAUUACGGAAAUUUUUACGGAACACCAAAGUAAGCUAAGCUAAGCUAAGACUCUUUCAUAUAUUUAUUUCACUGGUAUGAAUAAAUAAAUAUAUAUAAAACAGAUAUCAAUAGAAGUAUAAAAUAUUAUAUGUAAAAAAUGAGUAGGUUAUCAUUAUCUUAAAAAUCUUAUAGAAAACAUGUCGGUAUUACAUGUCUGGAUAAUGUGAAUGAACUAGACUUGUAUUUUACAUGUAAAGUUUAGACUUAAUAUUACAUGUGAAACACAAGUUUAAUUAUAAACAACAUGUAGAUAUUAUCCACGCCUUGAAUGCAUAUAUAUGUAUUGAAACGAGAAUUAAUGUAAUCCGAGGAAAAUUGUUUAAGACAAAUAAGUUGACAAAGUGAAGAAGAAGAAGAAAAAAUGGAUUAUAUAUUGUGCCAAAUUAUGUAAUUUGCACAAAUAUAGUCGUUCCUAUUUGCUCAAAAAUCUCGUAGAAUAUUAUUUAUAGAAAGCAAAAGCAAAUAGAUAGGUUUAGUUUGAAAACGUUCAAUGCAGACUAAUGAACCCUUCUUUGCAUAUUGGUGGAAAUUUCCAUCAUAACAUUGAAUGCUUAAAACUUAUAUAAAAGACCAAGUUCACUUUAAGUUGUGUCUGGAUAAUUUUUUAAUGUCCAUUGCAGAAAAAAAAAAACAUAGCUGUCAAAUUUAAUGUUUUAACCAUUUUUUCUUUAAUUUUAAACAUGAAUUAUAUGACUUUGAUUUCACCAUUAAAUAAAAAUCAUGCAAAGAAGGGUUAAACACUAAUAACUUCUUACAAUAUGCCAACCAUGACUCCUAGAAAGUAGCACACAAAUUUAUACAUAGAUAAGCUAAAAUACACGUAUGUAAUAUAAAUGGGCCGGAAAGAAAGAAUAUUUAUUUAGUACUUAAUUUCACAUUUAAUUACAAAAAUAUUUAACAAUAAACAAAAUGGAAAACAAUACACUAAAAUGGUGUCACUCGAUUAUAUGCCAUGCUCUUUUGAACAUGACGCCGAUUUUCAGUGGCAUCAAUUUAGACAGACAGCAGCAUGAAGCUUCUCUUUCCCAUACAUUCAGUAACAAGAACACAUAUAUACAUACAUAUAGUCUAUAUCAACAGAAUUUGAGAAAAAUAUAAACAUAUUGACCUAACACACAUAAAACUGAAAUAAAAAAUGAUUAAUCGAUUGAAUGUUUCAAUUUGUUGCCGAUUUAAUUUAAUGACAAUUUCAAGAAAAUUUCGUCACCUUUGCUAAGUUCUGUUGAAAUAAUUUUUGCCGAUAGAUUCGUUUGCGAUUCGCAUGGUAACAAGCAUAUGACGCGAACACAUUGCGUUUGCAGAAAGAAAACAAUCUUCAAAAUCGACUUUUAAGAAUUUUAGGGUUAGUAUUAAAUUAAUCAUAAGAAAUAAAUAGAAGGAGGUUAAAAAUAAAAAAAUAAAAAGAUUAUUGUUGUCAUAUUUUUAUUAUCCAAAAAUUAGAUAGGUACAUUGUUACAUUAGGUACUUGAGAAUCGUGUGAUUUAUAUAAAUUAUAAUUUACAUGGAGAUUUAAAAUCGAGUUUACGGCCAACUUGCAGUUCGUUGUUACACUAUUAAUUAAUUAAUGCAAGUUUUACAUCUUGUAAGAAAUAAACAAUUGAGAUCUUAUUGUUUCUACCUUGUAUUUAUUUAAAAAAAAAAUAAUAAUAUAAUUAUAUAUAAAUUCUAGCUAAACCGGUAAACGCUAUUUGCCCCCUAGCGCCACCUACUGGAUUUGUAUUUUCUUAUAUUGAUAAAAAUGUCCUACUCUCAAGUUACAAACAAUAGAUAUUAAGAAAAUUUCAUUUAUAACUAGUUUCGGAGAUUAACGUGAACAAACAUUGUGACAAGAGAUUUUAUAUGUUAAAAUAAUCAUUUACGUGAUGUCUGUAAUGAUCCCUGUCGUUUCUAAAUACAAAUUUUUUUAAUACACAAAAAUAUAUGUUUGUCUAUUGAAAAAUUAAAAUUUGAAAAUGAAACUUAUUAAAAAAAAAACAUCGCAAUUUUACAAAUCAUAUUUUUUUACAUCUUUAUUUUGUUGUUAAACUCAUAUUCUUUGAAAAAUGACAUUAAAGUGGAUUUACAGUAGGGGGGAUUCAGAGGUGCAUUGUUUUUAAACCCAAAAAUUUACUAAAGGUUACAAUACAAAGCCCACUUAAUAUGAAUCACUUUAUGCGUCUUUAGGAAGAUUUUUACAAAAUAUCUAUCCAUGUACAUGCAUGUAAUUGUAAACUCUAUUGUUGUAACAAUAAGGUGCUAUUUAGAAUCUCGUGAACGUAUUAUGCGACCACUGUGAUAUUAAAAGUGUUGUUUUUUUUUAGAAUUUUAAAUAAAUUGAUGGUUUACGGAA